UAUAUGUGAGAGUUUUACCUGUGGAAGUAGGUUCUUCCAGGCGUUCCAAAAUGGCAGCAUUUGCAACGGAAAGUAGAGUUUGUGAAACUGCGGGUUGUAAUUCUGCUGCGAAGUUGCAAUGCCCAACUUGUAUAAAGUUGGGGAUUCAAGGGUCAUAUUUUUGUUCUCAGGAUUGCUUUAAAGGAAAUUGGAAGUCACAUAAGGUUCUGCACAAAAUAGCAAAAGGUGCAGGUGUUGAUGGUAAAGAUGAAAAGGAUGAUUAUGAUCCAUGGCCACAUUUCAGAUUUACUGGCAAAUUACGACCAUUUCCACAAGGCCCACGACGCUUCAUACCAGCGCACAUAUCUCGGCCUGAUUAUGCUCAUGAUCCCGAGGGCAUACCUGUCUCAGAGCAAGCCGUGCGGGGCAGUGCGCAGAUUAAGUCUUUGACAGAAGAUGAGGAAGAGGGCAUGCGGGUAGUUUGCAAGUUGGGACGUGAAGUCCUAGAUGAAGCGGCUCAGAUAAUUGACGCCGGAGUGACUACGGACGAAAUAGAUCGCGUAGUGCACGAGGCUUGCGUGGACAGGGAUUGCUAUCCGUCACCACUCAACUACUACAAAUUUCCCCGGUCGUGUUGUACUUCGCUCAACGAAGUUAUCUGCCACGGGAUUCCCGAUCUCCGCCCGCUCAGCGACGGAGACAUUUGUAAUGUUGACGUAACUGUUUACCACUGGGGUUUCCACGGGGAUUUGAACGAGACCUUUCUCAUAGGGAAUGUAAGUCCAGAAGCAAAGAAACUAGUCCAGGUUACGUCCGAGUGUCUGAUGAAGGCCAUCAGCAUAGUGCAUCCAGGAGAAAAAUACAGAGAGAUUGGAAAUGUGGUCCAGAAGCACGCGCAGAGCCACGGUUUCUCCGUGGUUCGCAGUUACUGUGGCCACGGGAUCCACGGGCUGUUCCACACGGCUCCCAGCAUUCCUCACUAUGCCAAAAACAAAGCGGUGGGUGUGAUGAAGCCGGGACACUGCUUCACGAUAGAACCCAUGAUCUCGCAGGGCAGCUGGCGAGACGAAAUGUGGCCGGACAAGUGGACCGCCGUGACGGUGGAUGGUCUGCUGUCGGCUCAGUUUGAACACACGCUGCUGGUCACAGAAGACGGCUGUGACAUCUUAACUUCUCGCCAAGAAAAGAACGGACAAUUUCACUUCAUGGACAAGUUGUAACGAAGGACAGGUGAAUAGCGGCUCAACUAGCGCGAGGCAUUUUCUAGUGCAGAGCAUUCUUAUUUCUGAUGCCUUUUGACUGGAGUCGCUGGUACUGCGGACGAUGAUCAGCGUUCUUAUUCUAUGCUGAGACGCAAGUUUUUGUUGAUGUACGCUCGUUUUGAUCGUUUCAGUGCUGUAAACGGACGGAACGGUCGGCCGAGGUCUGUGGUUACGGAAAUGAAUUGGUUUGCCGUUAAUAUUAUUUUGUUCAACGCAGUCAUGUAUGUAGCUGUAAAGAAUGUGUAAAACGGAGAUGGCAUAUUGCCCCCAAUAUUGGAAUUAAAAUGUUACGUAAUUCUCAAGGACA